CAGUGUUCUGCUGUGUUAGACUGAACGCUCACGCACACGGAGCUGAGAGAACAAGAUGAUAAAGAGGAGGAGGACGAUGAACACUGUUUGAUCUGGAAUAAAACUCCAGUCCAGCUUCUGCUUUCUGAUUUGAAAACGUUCCAGAUUUUGGUCUCAACAAAGAAUCGAGCAUCUGGUGCUUUAAGUCGAGACCAGUUAGUGUCCUUGAAGACAAGUGUGCUUCAUUCAGAAUCCAGACUCCGCUUUUAAGAGAAAUAUCUGCUUUUUUAAGCCACUUCUUUUCUGAACACUGCAGAUGAAGGAGAAGAACAGUUUUUGUCUUCUUUCUGUGUUUGGAGGCUGAAGCAGCAGAGCAGAUGGACAAUCUCCAAAGCUGGAUGUUGGAGUGACUCGACAGAAAGCAAGAACAGCCAGAUGCCAGCCUAAAGUUGCAGUGCAGUUGAUGUUGCAGACAUGAAGGACUUAGACCAGUAUGGACAAGGUCAUCUGGACAGUCUGAUCUGCACGGCUCUGUCCAGUUUGAUGUUGGUUCUACAGGGACUUCUGGGCUCUGUCAGUGGUUGUCCUGGUGUCUGUACCUGCUAUAGCAACACAACUGACUGCUCUGCUGUCGGCCUCCUCUCUCUGACGCCUAUCCUAGGGCUGCUGGGCCAGGACCCUCUGGCUCUCCGCCUACCCCAGAACAACCUCUCCUUCCUGGGCAAGACUGACCUGUCCAACCUCAGCAGCCUUGAGCUCCUGGACCUUUCCCAGAACCACUUUUCCACCUUUCAGCCUGGAGCUUUCUCAGGCCUGAACAGCCUGCGCUGGUUAAAUCUCUCUGCUAAUUAUCUCGGCAUACGUCUGGCAACAUCUGAGCUCAACAGCAGCAUAGUAAUUGUCCAACGUUUGAAUGAAAGUCAAGAGAGCAUUGGUUUAAGCAAGGAAGUUUUUAAGGGGCUGUGGCAGCUGCAGGGACUGGACUUGUCCUCCAAUGGCCUCCUAUGGCUGCCUAAGGGCCUGCUGGAUGGGCUUCAGAGACUCACCUGGCUGUCCCUGGCCAGCAACCGGUUGGUGGCCCUGGAGAGAGUCACAUUUGAGCCCCUGGUGGGGCUCCAGCAGCUCCUGCUGAUGGGAAACCCCUGGGAAUGCGACUGCAAGCUGAGGGACUUCAAGCACUGGAUGGAGUGGUUGAUUUACAGGGAUGGGCAGGUAGAUGCAAUGCAGUGCAGUCUCCCAGGGGAUUUAAAGGGCAGGGACAUCCGCAGUGUGCCAGCAGAGAUGUUCAACUACUGCCUGCACAGUCUGACCAAGGAGGGCGCGUCAGGUUACGCUACCCGGCCUCCCUGCCCGCCUGGUCGAAUCAGCAGCACCGACGAAUGUGUUCGCCAGCGCUACAGGCCUGUCAGUGUCCGCCGGGCACAUGGCACACAAAUAGUUGCAGGGGUGGUUUGCGGCACAGUGUGUGUCAUGAUGGUGGUUGCCGCAACCUACGGCUGUGUCUACGCCUCACUGGUGGCACGGUACCAGAGAGAAAUGAAGAGUCGUGGGCAGCCUCUAAUGGCUGAGUCUGGAGCUGACACCGACCUGGAGGAUGGGCAAAUGUCAUCCCCGACCUCACCACAGGAGACGCCACCUAAAGAGGCCUGUAGCUUCGUGCAUGGUUAUCGAAUCAGCAGCUUCUGACACACUAACAUUUACUGAUGUGGGAUCAUCCCAGGACGUUCUGGCUACUUCUGCUCCUCAGCUCUCAUCAUAAAUGAGACAACCUCUGCAGAGAGAAGCCCUGCAGCUCUGUCAUUGUGCUGAAACUCUCUGGGCGGAGACUGAUUGUCCAGCUAAUGGAGUGGACUAUAUUCAGUGAAGCUGGGACGCUGCAGCACUUCUUUUAAUGUAUGGAUGCUCUGUGAAUUGUUAUUCCCUGCGUUGCAUCUCUCAGCCAGCCUCAAAAGUACUCUGAAGCUGCUGUGUGGCACUUCAGCACCUUGACCUCCCUUUAUCUGUGUUUUUGUUUCUUCUUUAGAAAUAUGAAACUACCUUUGUGUUCAAGCUGUAUGUCUUUGUAUCUCAAUCCAUAAGCACAAGCUCCACAAGUACAAAUGUCUGUGAAUCUGUGACAUUUCUCCCAGUGUUAGUUGCACAAAAUUAUUCUCAUUAACUUUGUGUAUUUUAUGUUCCCAAAAUUGUGAAAUAUUUCUUUGUACCUCUGUUAGGUAGAAUCCUUUCAUAAUAACGCACGUUGCAUCAUAUCAGAAUUCUGCUGCUAUCUGCUUUGAGCUUCAUCACUGAGGUUAACUGCAGUCACACAAUAGUCAAGCUGUACUGCUGCCUAGAGGGCAAGCUUUGAGCUGCAACAGCUUCUAAUCCAGCACAAACAAACUCUAUAAAUCAACAUAAAAAAGUUAGGAUGAUUAAUAUUGGCAACACUAGGAAAUACAAGAUACUGACUGAAAACGUUUGAGGAUAUCAGCCCUGAUUUGCUGUAACUUCAAAAUGUUUAUUUGAAUUUACUUUCUGUGAUAAGCACAUGAAACAUUGUCCCAAAUUCAACUCAAGGACUGUUAAUUCUGUUGAAGACAAUAAACUCUAUAUUUAUGUAAAA